UUGAAUUCGGGCCCAAAGAGGGUGAUUGGUGGCGCCAUCAACCACAAUUUUAGUAAUUAAUUUGUCAAUAGAGCUUUGUCAUUAGAAAGUUAUUAGAAUAAUUUCAAUAAUUUCCUGAAAAUGUCUACGAACCAACAAAAAGCACAGCAACUUAUUGCUGAAGCAGAAAAGAAAGUUUCAUCCAGAGGAUUCUUUGGAUCGUUAUUUGGUGGUUCCACUCGUAUCGAAGAUGCAGUGGAAUGUUAUCAAAGAGCAGCAAACCUUUUCAAAAUGGCAAAAAGUUGGGAUUCAGCAGGAAGUGCUUUUUGUGAAGCAGCAAACCUUCACUUACGAAGUGGUGCUAGACAUGAUGCAGCUACAAACUAUGUUGAUGCUGCAAACUGUUAUAAGAAAGCAGAUAUAAAUGAGGCAGUCAACUGUUUGUUGAAGGCCAUAGAGAUAUACACUGACAUGGGUAGGUUUACCAUGGCAGCAAAACAUCAUCAGACCAUUGCUGAAAUCUAUGAGACUGAUGCUGUUGACCUAGAAAGGGCAGUACAGCACUAUGAACAAGCUGCUGAUUAUUUCAGAGGGGAGGAAAGUAACUCCUCUGCUAAUAAAUGCCUUCUGAAAGUUGCCCAGUAUGCAGCUCAACUUGAAAAUUAUGACAAAGCAAUACAAAUCUACCAAGAUGUAGCUUCCUCAGCUUUAGAAAGUUCUCUCUUGAAAUACAGCGCCAAAGAAUAUCUCUUUAGGGCUGCCUUAUGCCACUUAUGUGUUGAUGUAUUGAAUGCCCAGCAUGCUUUAGAACGUUAUAUCCAAAUGUAUCCUGCUUUUCAAGAUUCUCGUGAGUACAAGCUUGUGACAACCCUGAUAGAGCAUAUUGAAGAACAAAAUGUUGAGGGAUAUACUGAUGCAGUGAAAGAAUAUGAUUCUAUUUCUCGUUUAGAUCAGUGGUAUACUACAGUUAUGUUACGUAUUAAGAAGCAACUAAAUGAAAGCCCAGACUUGCGCUGAGUGCCAUUUAGGUAUUUAUGCUUGUUUGUAAUGCUAAACUGUUGGAAACAUUCACAUCUUGUAUUAUAUAUCUACUAAUAAUUCAGUUAAUUGUUCAAUAUGCUCCAAAAUAUAAGAAUUCUGAAUGUUCUUUUGGUGAUAUAUCAAGACUUGAUAAAGGUGACAAGUCUAAUUUCCACAAAUUGACAGAAUAAGACUCCUGUCUUUUUUAUUGAGUAAUUAUCAAUUACUCACUUCUGAGUUGUCAGUUCACUGGCCUUUUUGUUUCCAGAUGUGAUAAUUUUUUAUUUUGUGUAUAUUUUUUUGUUAAUAUUUGAGUUGGAUAAAUAUAUUUAUUUUCUAUUUAUGAGUAUGUUGGAGAUUCCAUAGGAUAUACAGUGUGUCUCACUUCUAAUGGAAGCACCCCUGUAUCUUUAGUAAUUGUUGAGUUAGGAUUCUGAAAUUUGAAGCAGCAGAUAUACCAAAAAUACACACUAUGACCAAGUGGGGUCAUCUUCAGUGAUAUACACUGCUCCCCAACAGAAAUGGAGCCACCCACAAAAUGAUUUGAAAAUUACUUCAAGCCACUAACUACCGUUAAAUUCUGUUUCACUUUUCAUGGAAGCAUCCCCAUAUAUUAUGUAGUUAUUGAGGUAGGAUUCUGAAGUUUGCUGGAGCAAG